GAUGCGUCAAGAGCACCACUCCACUUGAUCCAACUUCAGUAGACUUUAUAUUAAGCAUCGAAAAACGCAUGGAAAAUGGCCGAUUCAAGAAUUGAAGCAAUGUUCGACCAGAUGGAUGCCCAAAACUCCGAGAGCUUUUAAAGAAGUUGUGCAAUCAUGGAAAGUUUUCUGUAGAUGACGCAACAGGCAAAAUCGAGGUUGAUGGCCGCGAUACCAUCAUAACGAGUGCCCUUGUCGAUCUUAAGAGCGAUGAGCGCGAUGUUGAAGACGAGAAAGAAGGCAGCGAAGAGGAAUCGGAAAGCGGCGCAUCGAAUGAAGAGGAUGAGUAUCACGUGCCGAAGUUGUCAAAACAGCAAAUCCGAGAAUUUAUUUCGUCGAAGAGGAAAAGAGACACAAAUUUAGGUGCGAGAAUUGCGAGGAGGACUGUGAUGUCAAGAGUAAUAGGAAAGGAGAUUGUUGGUAUCAUCCAGGUAUAUAUUUGCGUUUCUGCCUUCUUUUAACACGGGGUAAUUAAUGAUUGAAACUGUAGGAUGGAAAGAGUUGGAUGUUGAGGCCGAUUUUUGGGGUGAUCAUGAUGAAAGAGUACACGGAUCUGCUGAGGCUUAUGAAGAUGAUCCAGAUUAUGCUGAUGGAUUUAAAUGGGAUUGCUGCGAUAAACCAGGAAAUGACAAGGGUUGCAAGAAUACCAGGCAUGAAGUGAUGGAGGAAGCAAUGGAAAAGAGAGUCAAAUACUAGGGUUUGCUAGUAUAUUGUGGUUAUAUUAGUGGUGUAAUGGCAGUGUAUGCAUGAAUCAAACUUUGCU